GAGGCGGGAGGGGCGGGGUCCUCGGGAGCCGCUGCGGGUCUGGCUGAGCGGGAGGAGGCCAGCGGCCGGCUGGAGAGGCACGCGUUGGGCUGCUGCGUUUCUGUCUUGUCAUGGCACCGUCGCCCCUGAAAGUGUGCAUCGUGGGCUCGGGGAACUGGGGUUCAGCUGUUGCAAAAAUAAUUGGUAAUAAUGUCAAAAAACUUCAGAAGUUUGCCUCCACGGUCAAGAUGUGGGUCUUUGAAGAAACGGUUAAUGGGAGGAAACUGACAGACAUCAUAAAUAAUGACCAUGAAAAUGUGAAAUAUCUCCCUGGACACAAGCUGCCAGAAAACGUGGUGGCCGUCCCAAACCUCAGCGAGGCCGUGCAAGAUGCAGACCUGCUGGUGUUCGUCAUCCCCCACCAGUUCAUCCACAGAAUCUGUGACGAGCUCACCGGGAAGGUGCCCAAGCAAGCGCUGGGAAUCACGCUCAUCAAGGGCAUCGACGAGGGCCCGGACGGGCUGAAGCUCAUCUCUGACAUCAUCCGAGAGAAGAUGGGCAUCGACAUCAGCGUGCUGAUGGGAGCCAACAUUGCCAACGAGGUGGCUGCCGGGAAGUUCUGUGAGACCACCAUCGGCAGCAAGGUCCUGGAGAACGGCCUCCUCUUCAAAGAGCUCCUGCAGACCCCCAACUUCCGAAUCACGGUGGUCGACGACGCGGACACCGUUGAACUUUGUGGUGCUCUGAAGAACAUCGUAGCCGUGGGAGCUGGGUUCUGCGACGGUCUCCGCAGCGGAGACAACACCAAAGCUGCCGUCAUCCGCCUGGGACUCAUGGAAAUGAUCGCCUUCGCCAAGAUCUUCUGCAAGGGCCAGGUGUCCACAGCCACCUUCCUGGAGAGCUGCGGCGUGGCCGACCUGAUCACCACCUGCUACGGCGGCCGGAACCGCAGGGUCGCCGAGGCCUUUGCCAAGACUGGAAAGACCAUUGAAGAGUUGGAGAAGGAGCUGCUAAACGGGCAGAAGCUCCAGGGGCCUCAGACCUCCGCUGAAGUGCACCGCAUCCUCAAGCAGAAGGGGCUGCUGGACAAGUUCCCACUGUUUACCGCAGUGUACCAGAUCUGCUAUGAAGGCAGGCCCGUUCAGGAGAUGCUGUCUUGUCUGCAGUGCCAUCCAGAGCACACAUAAGGAGGAUCGUGCGACGCGCCGGGCAGAGCCCUGCCUUUCCGAUGAGUCUUUUGGGUUCGGAUGGAAACUGGGACUCGGCAGCCAGAUGUUUGCUGGCCUGUAACCCCAUCAUGGAUGUGUAUGAAUUUUUACAGGCUCGCCUUUAGAUUCCGAGAAGCAGAUCAUUGGCUAAGAUGUACUGAGCAACUAGACGCACAUAUGUGAACACGUGGGUGUGUGUUCAUUCCUCGUUCUGUGGGUGUUUUUAUGAACCAAAAUUAAAGGUCCUUUUUAAAAAUUACUUUGAAACUUUCCCACUGUGGUAGCUUAGAAGGUUGGGACUAUGUCAGCUAAAUUUCUUAGAUCUACUUCAUUUGUCCUUGAGUGAAGGGAUUUCCACACCCCCUCCCCGCCCCCCGCAUUAUCUGGAUGUUAAAAUUUAACCAGCAUUAAUAACGUGGUAGAAUGGAAGCGCGAGUGUGUUCAAAGAUCAACAGACUAACUUUUAAACAUUCUCUCCAAGCCAGCAUAAUUAACGACUUUGAUUGUGAGUUGACUUUUUUUGUUUGUUUGUUUUAAACAAUCAGGUAUUUUUAAUUAGGUAAUCCACUAGGUAUCUUCCUCUCACUGAAGUUUUCUGCAUUUUUAGCCUCUUUGCUCUCCAUUAGCUGCUAGCGAGUGCUUUCACAAAGGGUCAGCUGCGGCAGAAGACAGAAAUCUCGUCGGGGAUUUCCCCGCUGUGGCUGACACAUUGUGCUGAUCGUGGAGGAUGCUGUGUGUUAGCACUUUCGGGCAGGCCUUUCCUUUACGUUUCUCAGGUCCUCUGAGAGGGGGCGCUGUUAUUCCUCUCAGAGGAUGCUGUCUCUGUGCUUGGUUGCCUGGUAAGCAGGGACGCAGAACCAGGAGUCCAAGGUCCAGUGCUCCGCCACUCCACCAACGUGCCCUGAGACUUUCUCAUGUGUCACCCGGCUGGUUAGGCCCCCAGCUAAUUGGGUGUGGCCAGUGGCCCCAUGCAACCCUUCCUGAGGCCACGAGAGGGCUUCCUGCCACUGGGGUUUGUGUGCGGCGCUGUCUAGACCAGCAGUUUUCAACCUUUUUCAUCUCAUGGCACAUAAAAACAAAGGACUAAAAUUCUGCAGCAUACCAAAAAAUAUAUUGUUUGGUGAUUUGACAAAAAAAAUGGGGGGGGCUAUAGUCAGGUAUUAUAUGUUUUUAAAAAUUCUGGUGGCACACAGUUGAAAAUUGCUGGUCUAGACUCAAAGUGUGUUCGUCACUGCACCCAGUGCAGGUCCCCAGGUCCCGCCGCAGACCUGUGAAGUGGGGUGCAGUGUCUGUGCUUCAACACACCUUCCAGGUGCUUCUGGCGUUCACCACGGUUUCGAAGCGCUGCUUUAGAAAAUGUCCUUUAGAGUGGCAUUUCUCAAACCGUGUGCCAUAGGAAAGGAGGGUCCCGGGAUCCAGUGGUGGGUGGUUCUGGGUGUUCCCUGGCAAGGUCACAUGAGUUUGGGGAGAGCUGAAUCUUGACGGUGUAGAAUGUGUGUUAGCAUGUCAGUAGGACCUGCUGAUUUACCCUCGCCAGUUCCAAAUACGUUAGAUUAGGAAGAUGUUUGUUUUAGCGAGGAAAUUUGCCAAAGUGUCCAGGGGACACUGUUCUCACCUGAGGUGACCUUAAGAUAACUCACAUAUACCCUUCCCUCCCUGCACGAAAUUGGGGUAAGCACCUGUGGUCGUGUCAGGUCUCAGCUUUACGGUUCAGGUCUGCCGUGAAGCUUUGAUGAAGCUUUAAGGUGACGCCCGCAGGAACAACCUCGCUGAAACGCACAUUUUGGGGAAUAAGUACUUUUACUUUAGAAACAGAACAGGAAUGACUGCCCCUCCCCCAAUGAGAUUGGUGCCGGGGCUGCAUUCCAUGGCGCUUUUGAUGAACUGUUAGGGAAACAUGGAUGUCACUGAGACAUUCAUGGAUUUUCAGCCACUUUCUGAGAUUUGACCUUCUUUAUUUUCCGGUUUGGGAUUUCUUUUCCCUAUGUCUGCAAUGGUUGUAGAAUAGGUUUUUCUGGGAAUUUUUAAAACUCUAUCCAAAAUGUCUUGGGGGCCUCAUAAAGCCCCAUCCACAGAUGUAUGUGAAGCACACAAAAUGCUCCAAGUUUUAUUGAUUUUCGUGCCACCAAUAAGUUAAUCAACUUUUGCUUGUCUCACGAUUAAUCCUUUUCAAAGUUUGUAUGUACCCAGGUAACAAAAGUGCUACUUUUAAGAUGCAUAAAGAACUGUAAGCUUCACAUUGUGGUGUCUGUUAAGCAAGGUAUCAGAGGUGAGGAACUCCCUCUUGUAUGUUCUCAUCUGCACUCAGCUUCCUGCCCCGGGUCCGUACUUGAGUGUUUUUUCUUUCCAAAUGCUCUUACCACUCGGAAGUCUGCUGACUAUACCUCUGGAACAUACUUGUAUUCUGCACAUUAUGGAAAAAGGCAAAUUUUAUUAUAAGUUUGUGCUCCGCUGCCUGUAGAUAUUUAUUACUCUAUGAGUUAUCUAUUUUUGUAACCACCUGUGGUCUCUUGUACCUGACUGACUAACGAUGAUAACGGAGGGAGACGUCUGGAAGAGAAGCCCCAUGUGUGCGUUUCAGCAGCUGCGAAUGUAAAAUCCACGCUGGUGCCUCACUGUAACCCGACCUGGGACAGUGCGGCACAGGUGCCUGUCUUGACAUCGGUGGAGUUGAGCUAAACCCCUGCGGAGGUUAUUGAACUGUUUAGCUGCGACAGGGCCCAGCGGCAUGGGCCCAGGGAGUGGCGGGGCACCAGUGUACGAAGGGUUCUGCAGUUUUUCCAUUCAUUUUAAUCUAAGAGCCUUUCACUUACAUAUGUACUGUAUUUGUUUACGGACUAUAGGUGGAUAUAAUUUAAAAACUUGGUUUAAUAAACAUUUAACCCCCCUCCAAACCUGUGCUACUGAUCUGGUCUUUUUAAAAAAUCAGUUUCUAACUUUAUUUAGGUCAGCUCUCUUUUCCUUCUGAAUUGUACUGCAUUAACAAUAAUAAAAAGGCAAUUUUUGAAAGAAA